AUGGCUCAGUCGCCGCACAGCCGGGACCCCUGGACGCUCCCGCUGGGCUGGGGCUGGGCCGGCCACGCCGACUCCACGUCCCCGGCCUCCUCGUCCUCGGACUCAUCGGGCUCCUCGUGCCCCCGCGCCCCGACGGCCCCGGGCCGGGCGCGCCCCGCGCCCCGCGGCGGCCAGAGGCGCAGCGCCAGCGAGCGCGAGAAACUGCGCAUGCGCACGCUGGCCCGCGCGCUGCUCCGGCUGCGCCGCUUCCUGCCGCCGUCGGUGGCGCCCGCCGGCCAGAGCCUCACCAAGAUCGAGACCCUGCGCCUGGCCAUCCGCUACAUCGGCCACCUGUCGGCCGUGCUGGGCCUGAGCGACGCGCGGCUGCAGCAGCAGCAGCAGCAGCAGCGGCGGCGGCGGCGGCGGGCCAGCCCCGGGGACUGCCCGCUGUGCCCCGACGUCCCCAUCCAGGCCGCCUGGGGGUCUCCAGCAGCCGUCCCGCGCGCCUUGGCGCCUCCCCAAGGUCCGGGAUGCAGGGUUCCCGACGUGAAUCCCUUGGUAACACCCCCUUACGGCUCCGGGGUGCAGUCGCCCCCACGUCUGCCCCCCGACACCGCCCUUUGGACACUACCCCAAGCGUGCGCGGGGACGCAGACAUCCCCUGAGUCCGGGAACCAGGCCAUCCCCUGGACACCACCCCCUGCGUCCCUGGAAUUGGCUUCUGUGUACCAGGAUAUUCCUGUUUCUCCAGCGCUCUCUCUGCUGCCCGAAACGUCCCCCCUGUGGCCCCGAACGGCAUGCCAGAGCUUCGAGGAGGCCCCACCCCAGUGGCACUGCUGGGACCCCAGGGCUGAGAUGGACCAGGGACCUGGCCCCGCCUUCCUGCUUGGGGACCAAAGCCAGCCCCAGAGCUCUGACCUGCGACACAGUGGCCGCCCUGAACUUUGGCCAGAAGAUUUGGAGGGGACCCAGCUGGGCAUCUUCUACUAAAGGGCUGUCCUCUGCCUGCAUUCCAGCAGGAAGGGGGCUUGGAGAGGGGGUGCUCAUGUGACUUGGCCUUUCACCCAGGCCCCUGA